AUGUCAACCCGGUCACACUCGCCAGUCUCAAGUCACGCGACACCAAUGGAGCCCAAACAAUCCAAAUCCAAAUCAGUGAUUCAACGCAGAGUAUACGGGAAACGAAGAGCCAAUGCCCCCAGAGCGGUAUUUGACCAAGGAACCCCUGUCAGGGACACCAGAUCCAAAACCCAACGUGUCGACCCCGUGGAAAACCUCCAAGCGAAACUAGCCCAAGCGACAAUCCAUGACGACUCAACCCCUCAGCCAGACAAACAUGCAGAGCCUACAAAGACUGAGAGCGAGCAGCACCAAGAGCUGGCGAAAAUCCUCUCUGAUGAAUCGAGUCCGUCCGCGACAGAGGACACCUCGGACACCUCGGACACCCCGACAACGCCGCAAUCUUCUGGUGAAUCCACCCCGGCGGAAGCGAAGCCAAAAUCGACGCAAUGCGAAACGAUGGUGGAGGUCAGAAUACGCCCAGAGGAUUCAGACAGUCUCCCCCCGAUUAUACCAGAUUCCCCAGCUCCGACCUCAGAGUCCACAGGCGAGGACCGAGAAAAGCCAAGUACAUCUUCCGACAGAAGGAGAGCGGAAAGAAAGAAGAUCCCUGCACCCAGGCGAUCGUCUGGAGUCAUCCAUGACAGCAAAGCUAGCGAUUAUGUUCGCCCAAUUCUGAAUGAGGCUUUGUCUCCAAUUGCUGCGCAAGGCAUUCAGAAGUUCAGCUCAUGGGCUUCGCGAUCAGCGAACAUGUUCGACGUCGCAAAACUCGCAGAGGGAUCCUACGGUGAAGUCUACAAACUUCACCUGCGGGAAGAAGCUUGUAGGCCGGUGGUCUCAAAAUCAAAACUAGCUAAACUGAAAUCGUAUGGCGAUGGAGUCUUUAAAGUCGUGCCUCUGCGAGCAAAGAGCGGUCCCGGCUCCAAAAAAUUCACCGCCAUUGACGAGAUUGUUUCCGAGGUCAAGAUGCUCAAGUAUCUAGAUCCAAUCCCUGGCUUUGCUCGCUUCAGAGAGAUCCAUGUUGUCCAAGGUCGUUUCCCUGAGUCCUUCCAAAAUGCAUGGGACCACUACAAGAAGACCAAAGAUGACUGCAUGAAUCCUAAUCCGUCCAACAAAAGAGCAUAUCCCGAUACACAGCUAUGGGCGAUUGUGGAGAUGGAUGAUGCGGGAUGUGAACUGGAGAAGUUUGCUUGGUCAUCGAUCUUCCAGAUCUAUGAUAUUUUCUGGGGAGUUGCCAUGGCUCUGGCCCGGGCAGAGGAGUAUGCUAUGUUUGAGCAUCGAGAUCUUCACUUGGGAAAUCCAUCCUCCAGUGGAUUUGGAAUCAGCUCCCUCGAGACUACCAUUAUCGACUACUCACUCUCCCGUGCGGACCUACUCUUGACCGAUGAUCCCGCCGGUCUCACCGAAGUUGCGUCAUCAGAUCUGGACAAGAAGCAAUUGUUCGAUGCUAUUGGCCAAGAUGAAGACGAGAUUAUGCAAAGAAACACCUACCGAUAUAUGCGCGCUACGCUCUAUACUGGUUGCCCCACAGAAACAGAAAAAGUGGCGGAUAUCCCUGGCAUCUGGGCAGAAUACUCCCCACGCACCAACUUGGUCUGGCUACUAUUUCUGCUUCAGAGUCUUUUCAAGAACCGCAAACCUGAACCAUCGCCUACACAGCCACAGCGAAAAGCUCUUGCGUCUUGCUCGCCCAACAAGAUGACACGGAAACCGGAGACGGCCAAAGGGAAAGACCAGAACAUUGCCGAGUCCCUCGUCAAGGAGAGGCAGACGAAGGAGGUGCAAUCUGGUAUUUCGCGGCUCAAGCAAACAUUAGAUGACAGGCUAAAGGCCGUUCUCGAACUUCUCGACUUGGAGCAUGGACAUGAAGAUAUGUGUUGCGCCGCGGAUUUGGUGGCCUACGCGAUGGACUCGCAAUGGCUUGGUGAACAAGACUUUUUCUGA